ACACGUAUGUACACGGGAAAGGGCCGACAGCGUCAUCCAGUCCUUCAACCAAGCAUUCAUUUGUCAGGAGAGGUACACGACGAGUUGUGGAACUUUGGAUUGGCGCCGCUGUACUCGCUACCGGAUACAGACGUGUUACACUCCGCAGCAGAAGUACACCACCCGCUACCACCAGGUGGAGCAGUGUUGUCCUGGGUGGCGGGAAGACGGAGCGGGUUCAUGUUCUAUUCCUGUUUGUCCUCACCUGUGUCUGAAUGGUGGAACAUGUACAAACGAGGGAGGAGUACCCGUAUGUUCAUGUAAAGAGGGGUACACUGGUGACAUGUGUCAAUCAGGAAGGAACCAGUGGCAAGCCUGGUAUACUGUAAUGAUUUGUGGGUUCGCUGUUAUCGUCAUCAUCUUUGUGGCUCUUCUGAUAUACUGCAGUAAGCGCAAUGGUUACAUUAUGCGGCCAAACUCGUCACCCCAGAGAGCAGGCUACAGGAGACUAAUACAGACGACCCGACUUGACCCUGGUUCCCAUGACAACUCAACCAUUCCGUCCUCUUGGACACCAUUAGAAACGCUUCCAUCUCGUAUGAAUCCCUCCGCUCCUCCCGAGACCUCGUGCUGAUGGGCCAGCAUGAGUUCGGUGGAUAUUGUUUCAUCAAUUAUUUGCCAUUUUUAUAUAUUUUCAAACUGGUUGGCUCUUUGAUCAGUUUAAUCCAUUUUGGUGUGUGUGUGUAUAUAAAGGUUGACAAUAUUUACGUCAUAACAUUGUACAGUGAAUGCUGUCUUUGUAACUGAAAAUCUCACUUUUAAUUGGUUUUGUUUCUCUGCCUUGUAUAAAUUACAUUACACUAAUGGUCAGGUUUACUAUACAACAAGGUUAGGGCUUCACAAUACAUGUGCUAGGCUCACAGUUAAAUCACUGGGGGAAAGACAAGAUCGAUAUCAGACUAGAUGUGCCAACCAUGGUGAAUGUUUAAGAUGUUUAACAUGCUCUCAUUGAUUGUGAUGUAUUUACAAACAAAAACACAUCAGUUUGUAGGAAAAUGCAAGGUGGAUAUUUUAUCACAGAAAUAUGAUCAUUGGUGAAUACAUUUUAUAAAAUCUAGAUGCUUAAAAGAAAAGAAUAUGUGGCUGAAAUUGCCUAACGUGAAACCUGUAUACACUACUGUUAUGACUAUAUAACUACCAUUGUACAGCAGAUACUGUUGUAUGUAAUGUUAUAUAUCUGUAUUGUUGUAUAGGUCUCAUAAGUAAUUACGACAGUAUGAUCAACUAUAUAGAUGUAUAUUAAUGUACAA